GAUGUUACGUUGACGAUUUGUUUUGACCCCCUCCUCGACGAUCGACGUGCCAUCGACGUCUUUUCGCUCGCACCAUACGCGCCUUCCUAUCGCUCGGGCGUGUUUGACGAUCGCUUAUCGGCGCGCGUUGUCCUAUCUCCGAUGAUUGGAUUAACAGUUCCGUUAACGAGAGUUGCGGUGAACGCGGUCGGGAAUGAACGCUCGCGCGAAGUCGAGCUAAUAUUGUAGCUACGGUAGAAAUAUGCUCACCGUGGUCGUACCGGGCGUAGGAUGUAGCCGAGUAUACCAGUUGGAGGUGUGAUUGAGAAUCCGACGAUUGAUCCCGUCCUGAUUAUUUACAUGGGCGUUGCGACUCCCACGAGAGUCCGGUCGAUUUUUCUUAUCGUUCGCGCGAUAACGAAAUCAGCAUGAUUUGUUUCGAAUGACCCGACGCCCUUGGGAAAGGACUGCAAAGUUCCGGAGUCAAGAUAAUCUUUUAUUUAAAAAACGCGUCCUUCAAAUGGAGCGUGUUUUGAAGGCUGUACCGGUGGAUUUAAGAGUAAAAAUGGAGGCCCUCGUGCACGAUUUGACUUUGGCACUGGAGGAGAGCAGCAACAGUGCGAAUCUCAGGCGCAGAUGGGGCAUCAGGAGAAGAGCUCGAUCCACAGGAAAUAUUCCGGCCUUAAGCAUGAAUAAACAUUCGGACGACAGCUCAUCUUCCAUCUGCGACAUUCGUAUUCCAAAAACCGCCAAUGUUUCAAAAUACCAGUCUGACAGCGACGAUACGAACCAGACGAAGCGUUUCGCGCGUUUCUCAAACUUGAAUAACGCCAGCAAUAUCGAGAGCGACUCGGUGAACGAGAAUUUCGUACCGAGGGCGAACACAAGACGCAAAAGAAAAUUCAAGAGAAUGUCAGUCGACUCCGACUCCAAUGCGUCUACCUCCCAAGCGGUCACGAUUAUGUCAACCACGUUCGGCGGAAAAAAACGUAUUUUUCGGAACGAUGGCAAAAACAGAUACAGCGCCAUAUGGUGCGGGAAGCGGAAGAGGUCGUGUAGAGAGCGUUCGAUAGAUUGCGAGAUGAGAGUAUCCAAGCCGACUAGAAAUGCGAAAUCCAAAAAUCGAGGCAAGAUGCAGGACGAAGACACCGUUGACUGUUCGCGUAUAUCAAGCUCUAGCAUUUCAUCCAGUGACUCGGAAGCAGGUCUCAUCACCAACGACGAGGAUAGAGAAGGAGACGACGAACAGUCGGAUUGGAUCGGGGAAUCGAGCUGGCGGGAGGACGGGGAGAGCACGAGCGACGACAAGAUCACGUCGGACUCGACUUUACAAAUGAUACUGCACGGUGGAUACGAGCACUCGGUAGCCGAGGCCAAGAGGAACUACAGACAAAGAAUACAACGCAUUCGUGAAGGCCUCAGCGGCAGGGAGAUCCGCGCCGGGCGACGUCACGUCGACAACAAGCCCGGCUACUCUAUCAUAACCUCCGCCAACGAGAAGGUAUCGCGAUUCCUGCAGGAUCCGACUCAGAGCGAGUUGAAGCUGCACCCCAUGCGGCAACCGGAACGCGAGAAGCUGCGUCGACUCGCCAAUCUGUACAGUCUGAGCUUAAAGGGCGACCUGGGCUGCCCGAUCUUGUAUAAAACGCGACACACUACGCAAGCCGUGUGCGUGGACCAGGUGUCGUUGAACCGAUUCUCGGACUACAAGAGACUACGCAAGACACCGCCGAAUUCGCCAAACCCGGACUCCACGAUGGAGACACAGGAGCCUGAGGUCGGCAGUGCGAGUUUCGAUCCGCCUCAGAUCGUGAAUCAGACGCAGGGCACAACGCCCGUACAACCGCAAACUGCACAGACGUUUUCACCGUUCGAGUGGGAGACUGAAAACAUGGACGUCGAGGUGCACGGAAAGCCUAAGUUCCCCGACUUCGGGCACUCCAAGUCCAGUUAGGCGCACCGAUAUUUAUUGUCAUACCUAUUUUUUUUUUGUAAUAAAUUAUUUAUACACAGAGUGUGACGGGAUCAAUGGUACGACGAGAAAAAAGAAAGCGUUUGCUAUAUAGGAUGAGUCGUUCCUAAGAUUAAGUAUCUUGUAUGAAACAUUCUACCGCGCAUUUUUUGAUUUAUUCUUUACACGAGGAAUCACUCGCUCCGUUCAUUAUGUCAUUAAUCCCACCACAUUCAUGAUGUAUACACACAUAUAUAUAUAUAUAUAAUUACUAUGAUUUGUAUAGACUUAUAUCUUGUAAAAACCGAUGUUAUUAUCUGUAAUCAUGUAUUGUAAGCAUUAGGGAAACUUUAAUAUGAGAAUUUCUUGCAGUAUAUUUAAAAUUGUGAAACACAUUUACAAUUACAAUGAAUCAUGUACGAUAUACUAUACAAAUCAACAUUGGGAACUGUAAUAUAACUAGAAUUGUGGUAAGAA